UCGCCAACCACGGCAGUAGAAGGAGGGGUUCUUACAGCUCCCUGAACCUCCGCCCCUUGUACUGAGAUAACGAGAAAAAUAAGAAAAAAAAAAAAAAAAGAUAUAGGAAACUAUUCGACCUGAAAUAGUAAUAGGAGAUAGUUGAAUAGUCCAAUAUAUUCGUGUUUUUAUUUAUUUAUUUAUUUAUAGUAAGAAGAACAAUGAUAGAUUUUUAAGUUUUUUUUAUUUAUUUAUUUUUGUAAGUGUUUUUUUUUAUGAAGUGCGGGCAAAAGUGACAUUAGGAACAACACUACUGGAAAGAUCAACAAGAAGAAGAAGAGGAGAUGAAAGGUGGAGGUCCCCGGGGGAUGUCAUGCUAAAGUGGCUGGUGACCCGCCCCCCCGCGCCCCCCAGGAGGUGCUGACGGAGGACCCCCUCGCUACCCUGGGGCCACACACCACCCAGGGGAAGGUUACGCAGGUGUAUGCAGUGUCCAGAGUGAACCCGCUGUACGAGGAGGAAGAUGGCGUUGGGGGCGGCGGCGGCGUGGGCGUGGGGGGCGUGGCGGGGGGCGGUGGUGGGGGCGGGGGUGACGGCGCCUCGCUGCGCUCCUCAGGCUACGGCAGCAAGGAGACAGACUCUGACGGGGAGGAGGGGGGCGUGGCGGGGGGCGUGGUGGUGUCCUGCCAGCCUGCCUUUGUGAGUGCCAUCAGCGUGGGGGUGCGCCGCGCCCGCUCCCUCGAGGCCCUGCCGCCCCCCGCCCCACCCUGCCGCUGCGCCAGGUGUGCACCGUGCCGCGCCCCGCCCCCCCAGGCGUCCUCCGACGCACCCCGCCCCCCUGCUGUCCUGCGACACCCGCUACGUGGCCUGUGUGCUCACCCACCGCCCCCCGCUGGCCCCCCACAGCCCCCCCUGCACCACGCACCCCAGCCCCCCGUCAGCACCCCGCAGCACUCCGCCGGCACCCCCGAGGUGGGCCCUGACUCCCUGCUGACCCCCGCCACGCUGCGCCUCAUGGUGCCCAGGGGCGCCGACCCCUCCCCGGGGGGCAGCAGCGAGCACCUGUACGAGGUCCCCCGCACGCCCCCCGUGCCGCGCCCACUCCCCUCCCCGCCCUCAGCGCGCCGCCCCCGCCGCGGCCUGAGCGCCUCUCUGUCCCGCGCCCCCUCCCGCGCCUCACUGCCGCGCCCCCGCAGCCGCAGCGCAGAGGUGGUGGGCGUGGCCGCGGGCGUGGGCGGCGUGGCGGGCGCCGUGGCGCUGUGGGCCGCCUCGGGGCUCAAGACCAACGGGCGCAAGCUGGUGGUGGUGGAGGGCGCGCAGCCCCCAGGACGACGACGAGGACGUCUUCGGCCCCCCACAGCCCCCCCAGGGCCACGACAACCCGGCCUUCGAGGGGGACGCCGGCCCCCCGCCCCCUUGGCCCUGGAGGAGUUCCAGCGGCGCCUGGCCCAGCGGCUGCAGGGGGCGCCGCCCCACCGCGCCGCCUGGCUGGACGUGCGGCACGGCCUUGGGGGCCGGGGGGCCUGGGGCGCCGCGUCACCUUCACGGCAGACACACGCAGCCCCCGCACCCCCCGCCCGCCGCGCCCCCCUCGCCCCGCCCCAGCAUGAGGCUGCAGCCCGCCCCCCACAGCCAUUACCGCCCCCCUGGACCACCCCCGGCCUGCACCAACUCCUCAACCACGCGGACUCCUCGGCGGGCCCCUGGGGUUACGGGUCCCUGGAGACAGCGGCGCCACACCCCAACCCCGGAUGUGUGAGCGAGCAAUGCCACGACUUCACCUUGGAUCUGCACAGGUCGGAGAAGCAGAGGGCGCUGGCACGCAGAAGGAGGCGCAGACGGCGGUGGUGCGUGGUGGUGGUGGUGGUGCUGGGCCUGGCUGGUCUGGUGGCGGUGGUGGUGGCCAUGUCUCUCUUUGCAACGCGUGGGGGGAGGGGGGGUGGAGGGGCGUGGGAUGUGCAGGCUGGGCUGGGUAGUGGAAGUGUCGUGUGAGAGAGAGAGAGGAGAGAGAGAGAGAGAGAGAGAGAGAGAGAUUGUGAUUUUUUUAUUUAUUUAUUUAUUUAUUUGUGUGUGUGUGUGUGUGUGUGUGUGUGUGUGUGUGUGUGUGUGUGUGUGUGUG